AUGAAGGGAGAACACAAGGGCGGCAAGAAGAAGGACAACCUGGGAUGGGAGAUUAUCAAGCUUCAGGCCCAGGUCGGAGAGUCGACUUCGAGGAAGGUCAAAAAGAUUGUUGAGGCCGAGCGGAAAAAGGAACAUGGUACCGCAUCUACAUCUACAUCUGAGGCAGUAGAAGAAGGACAGGAACAGGAGCAGGAGUCAGCGGCGUUGAGUCAAGCUGCUCAGAAGCUUUUGAAGUUGAAGGAGCAGAAGAUUAGCCAGAAGAUUUAUCAUGCGAAGAAGGAGAUCAGGAAGGCGUUUGUGAAGGCCAAGGCGUUUGAGACUCAGAGGCUUGUUAAGCGACUCCGUGAGGCUCGGAAGGCUGUCGAAGAGAAGGAGAACAAGGGCGAAGCAAAGGAGGAUGAUAAGCCAGUACACAAGACGAAGCAGGAUUUGACCCAGGAGGAUGUCACCAAGUUUGAGAACGAGAUGGAGUUGGUCAAGAAAAUGGACAUGGACUCAUUAUCGGAGCAUGCGUUUGUGACAAAGUUGGCUAAGCACCCUAUUCUCGGAUCACAUACUCUUAUGGCACCAUACACAACCAAGAAGGAGACUGCAGCUGCUUCUGGAUCACAGGAGGAUGCCGCAACGAUUCAGAUCAUUGAAGCGCGUUUGACAAACACAAAGACGGUCAAGGAGCACAUGUCGAAGCUAUGGGAUGAGUUGGAGAAUAUCAUUACAGGCAAGAAGGCUAAUGAAGAGAAGAACAAGAAGCGGAAGGGAGGCGAUGAUCAGGAUGAGCCCAAGAACAAGAAGGGGAAGACACAAAACGAUACCAAGAAGGCAGAGAGCGAUAACGAGGAGAGCGAGGAAAGCGAGGAUGACGAGGAUGUGGAGAUGGACGGCGUGGACCUGUCAGAUAUCAGCGACUCUGAGCGGGAAGAUGACGGAUAUGACUCGGACGGACUUCCCCUGCCCAUGGGUGGCAAGUCAUCUGCAGGAUCGUCGUCGUCAGUGGCAUCGAUGUUUAUUGGAUCGUUGAACGAGGGCGGCAAGAAGGAUAAGAAGGAUAAGAAGGGCAAGAAGGACAAGAACGAUUGGGUCGACGACAAGUUUGAUGAGAUCUAUGGUAAAGUCAAGAAGAACCGUCCUGGCCAGCAAGCCCGCCGCGCCAAAGCGGAGCGCAAGUACGGCAAGGAAGCGAACCAUGUCAAGAAGGCCGAGGAAGAAGCCAAGAUCCGUGCUGAGAAGAAGGCAGCACGCAAGGCCAAGCAAGAGAAAUUCAAUGCCCAUAGGGACGCAUCGACGGCCAAUGCGCAGAGGCUGCCCAACCGUCGUACCAUCGGUGCAGGUGAUGGAUCGGCAAGCAUUGUCCAACAACCUAAGCCUAGAGCGAAGCCUGUGCCCGCUGGACCCGAUCUUAACGAUCCUACGUUGCAUCCUUCGUGGAUUGCCAAGCAGACUGAGAAGGCGGCCAUGGCUGCUGCUCUCUCGGGUGCCAAGAGCAACAAGAUUACGUUUGAUGAUAGCGACUAG